UUUUUGAAUGUGUGCGAGCGAGACAACAAUUCUCGCCAGUUUGCCGUGUAGUGACGGCGGCAUCAAUUUCUGAAUUAAUUACCAUUUGUCGCAAAAACUGCGCGUCCUUUAUCUUUUCUAGACCAAAAUCUUUAAUCUUAUUGCAAGUUGUGUUGAUUAGUGAUCUAAAUGGCAUCUGAUGAUGAAGUAGACGGUUCUUUCGCAGGCGACGAGGACGUGGAGGAAGGUGAGGGUCAGAACGAGAACUCGGGGGAGAGUGAUGAAGGCCCACCAAAGGAGGAUGAAGACUACUCACCUGAAGAUGGCAGAAAGAAGAAAAAGGGAAAGAAAAGGAAAGCCCGUGGAGAAGAGAAGAAGGGUAGAAAGAAAAAGAAGAAGCGUAAGAAUGAGAGCGAAGAGGAUGAAGACUUUGGGGUCGAGAUUGAAGCAGAAGGAGACAGUGACUAUGCCCUCAGUGCUAUGUCUUCUACAAAGAAGUCCAGGAAAGGCAGAGGCAGUAAGCACAACCCACCGGUUACGCCGUCAGCCUCAGAUUCAGGUUCCAUAGGCAUGCCGACCGUGGAAGAGGUGUGCUCGUCAUUCGGCCUCACGGACGUGGACAUCCAGUAUUCAGACGCAGACCUCGAGAACUUGACGUCUUAUAAGCUGUUCCAGCAGCAUGUACGACCACUGUUGGUGAAAGAAAACCCUAAGGUGCCAGUAUCAAAACUGAUGAUGCUGGUAGCGGCCAAGUGGCGUCUGUUCUGCGAGACCAACCCUCACCUCGGCAGCGGGACCCCCGCCAUGGGCUCCGAAGACAACACGAAUACUUCUACCACGUCAGACUACGUGCCUAAACCAGGACGGCCGGGACGCACGCCUAAAGAAGUUAAGAACGAAGAAGUACAAGAAGAGCCAGAAGAAGAAGAGGAGGAAGAACAAAGCGACGAGGGCGCGGCCCUGCCCCGCAAGCGCGGGCGCAAGCCCAAGCACGGCGCCGCCGCCACGCCGCGCGGCAAGCCCGGCCGCAAGCCUAAAGUGCCCACGCUCAAGAUCAAGUUUAGUAAGCGGAAGAGGACUAGUAGCGAGGAGGAGCAGGAAGGUAGCGCCGUGAACUCGGACUCGGACGCGGAGUUCGAGCAGAUGCUGGCCGAGGCCGACGAGCCCAAGCCCAGCGCCGCCGCCGCCGACGACGCCGCGCCGCAGAAGGACGAUGAUCCUGCUGUACCGCAACCCAAAAAGAAGGCAAAGACCAAGAUCGGCAACAAGAGCAAAAAGAAGAAGAAACUAAAGACUACAAAUAAGUUCCCCGACGGCGCCGAGGGAGAACAUGAACACCAAGAUUAUUGCGAGGUGUGUCAACAAGGCGGUGAAAUCAUUCUCUGUGACACUUGUCCCCGAGCAUAUCACUUGGUGUGCCUGGAGCCCGAGCUGGAGGAGACGCCGGAGGGACGCUGGUCUUGUCCGCACUGCGAAGCUGAGGGCAACCAGGAUCAGGACGAUGAUGAUGAGCAUCAGGAGUUCUGCAGGAUUUGUAAGGAUGGUGGUGAACUAUUAUGCUGUGACUCGUGUCCUUCUGCAUACCAUCGGUUCUGUCUCAACCCGCCGCUUGAAGAGGUGCCUGAUGGAGAGUGGAAAUGUCCUAGAUGUAGUUGUCCACCACUAGACGGAAAAGUCGCAAAGAUAUUGACGUGGCGAUGGAAGGAACAGUCGCCCAAGUCCAAGGCGCCUCGCUCCAGGGAGUUCUUCGUCAAGUGGCACGAGCGGUCCUAUUGGCAUUGCAGCUGGAUAUCCGAAUUACAGUUGGACGUAUUCCACCCGCUGAUGUACCGCUACUACAUGCGCAAGUCGGACGUGGAGGAGCCGCCCAAGCUGGAGGAGCCGCUGGACGAGCGCGACGGACGCGUCAAGCGGCUGCGGGACAAGCAGGACCAGGACACCGACGAAAAGAUAUUGGAGGAGAAGUAUUAUAGAUAUGGUGUGAAGCCGGAAUGGUUGGUAGUGCAUCGUGUGAUCAACCAUCGUACCUCACGUGACGGUACUACGUACUACCUGGUGAAAUGGCGGGACCUGUCAUAUGAUCAGGCCACCUGGGAGUCGGAGAAUGAAGAUAUAGCCGGCCUCAAGAAUGCUAUUGAAUAUUAUCAGGACAUGCGUGCCUACAUCACUUCUGAAGGCAAGACAAAGGGCACCAAAGGCAAGAAAGCGGGACGGAAGAGCAAGAACAAAGAUAUUAUCGACGAGGAUGACAGCAGCGGCGCUCUACAAAUGAAGCCCAAGAAAUACAACCCACCGCCAGACCGCCCAACAACCAACUUGAACAAGAAAUACGAAGAUCAACCACCCUUCGUGUAUGAAACUGGAAUGCAGCUCCAUCCAUACCAGUUGGAAGGUCUCAACUGGCUUCGGUAUUCCUGGGGACAGGGUAUCGACACUAUUCUUGCCGACGAAAUGGGUCUCGGAAAAACUAUUCAAACGGUCACAUUCCUUUACUCGCUGUUUAAGGAGGGACAUUGCAAGGGACCUUUCCUUGUGUCUGUACCACUUUCUACGAUUAUUAAUUGGGAGAGAGAAUUUGAACUGUGGGCUCCUGACCUCUACUGCAUUACGUAUGUAGGUGACAAAGACUCCAGGGCUGUUAUCAGAGAAAAUGAGCUGACGUUUGACGAUGGCGCCAAUAGAGGCGGACGACCUUCCAAGAUCAAGUCCCAAGUGAAAUUCAAUGUGCUCCUCACGUCGUACGAGUUGAUUUCCAUCGACGCGACCUGCCUCGGCUCAAUUGAAUGGUCCGUACUGGUUGUGGACGAAGCCCACAGGCUCAAGAGUAAUCAGUCAAAGUUCUUCAGGCUUUUAGCGGGCUACCACAUCAACUACAAACUAUUGCUUACUGGUACACCUCUACAGAACAACCUAGAAGAAUUGUUCCAUCUGUUGAACUUCUUAAAUAAGGACAAGUUCAAUGACCUCGCCGCGUUCCAGAACGAAUUCGCUGAUGUGUCGAAGGAGGAACAAGUGAAGAGGCUUCACGAGAUGUUGGGCCCACACAUGUUGCGACGUCUCAAGGCUGACGUGCUCAAAAACAUGCCUACUAAGUCUGAGUUCAUUGUGCGAGUGGAGUUAUCGCCAAUGCAGAAGAAGUACUACAAGUAUAUUCUGACAAGGAACUACGAAGCUCUCAACCCUAAGAGUGGUGGACAAACAGUCUCACUACUUAACGUCAUGAUGGAUUUGAAGAAGUGUUGUAAUCAUCCGUAUUUGUUCCCCGUGGCGGCUGAGGAAGCUCCCCUCGGUCCCCACGGAAACUACGACACGCAGGCGUUAGUCAAAGCCUCAGGCAAACUGGUUCUUAUGUCCAAAAUGUUAAGGCAACUCAAGGAACAAGGGCACAGAGUACUAAUUUUCUCUCAGAUGACGAAAAUGUUGGACAUUCUCGAAGAUUUCUUAGAGGGAGAAGGUUACAAGUAUGAGAGAAUUGACGGUGGUAUUACUGGAACCAUUCGUCAGGAAGCCAUUGAUAGGUUCAAUGCUCCCGGUGCGCAACAGUUUGUGUUCUUACUGUCAACGAGGGCUGGUGGUCUCGGUAUUAAUUUAGCCACAGCCGACACUGUAAUCAUUUACGAUUCCGAUUGGAAUCCUCACAACGACAUUCAGGCGUUCUCUCGUGCCCAUCGUAUCGGUCAGGCCAAUAAGGUCAUGAUCUAUCGAUUCGUAACACGUAACAGUGUGGAGGAGAGGGUUACACAAGUAGCUAAGAGGAAAAUGAUGUUGACUCACUUGGUUGUACGACCAGGCAUGGGUGGUAAAGGAGCCAACUUCACUAAGCAAGAGUUGGACGAUAUUCUAAGGUUUGGUACAGAAGAACUGUUCAAGGAAGAGGAAGGUAAAGAGGAAGCAAUUCACUACGACGACAGGGCUGUAGGGGAACUGCUGGAUCGUUCCAAGGAGGGUAUAGAACAGAAAGAAUCCUGGGCCAACGAGUAUCUUAGUUCAUUCAAAGUCGCCAGCUAUUCUACCAAAGAAGGCGAUGGCGAAGAAGAGGUUGACACUGAAAUCAUCAAACAGGAAGCUGAGAACACCGACCCGGCGUACUGGAUCAAACUGUUGAGGCAUCAUUAUGAACAACACCAAGAGGACCAGGCAAGGACACUCGGUAAAGGCAAGCGAGUUCGUAAACAAGUCAACUAUAAUGACGGUAUUGUGGCACAGACUGAAAACAGGGAAGACUCCACGUGGCAGGAGAAUGGUUCUGAUUAUAAUUCAGACUUCUCACAAGGCAGUGAAGAUGACAAGGAGGAUGACGACUUCGAUGAAAAGAAUGACAAUGGUGAUCUCUUGAGUCGGCGCAGCAAGCGGCGGCUUGAGCGACGCGAGGAACGCGACCGACCGCUGCCGCCGCUACUGGCGAGGGUGGGCGGCAACAUGGAGGUACUCGGCUUCAACGCAAGGCAAAGGAAAUCAUUCCUCAACGCUAUCAUGCGCUAUGGCAUGCCACCACAAGACGCCUUCAACUCGCAAUGGCUCGUCCGAGAUCUCCGCGGAAAGUCCGAACGUAACUUCAAAGCGUAUGUGUCAUUGUUCAUGCGACAUCUAUGCGAGCCCGGCGCGGAUAACGCGGAAACAUUCGCUGAUGGAGUACCUAGAGAGGGCUUAUCCAGGCAGCAUGUACUAACUCGAAUUGGUGUAAUGAGUCUGAUUAGGAAGAAAGUGCAAGAAUUCGAGCACAUUAACGGGUAUUAUAGUAUGCCAGAGAUGAUUCGUAAGCCUGUGGAACCUGUGAAGUCGGCUGCGGGAGAGAGUGCGGCGCCGUCGCCCGCGCCUUCCACCGCGACGCCGAUAACGUCUGCCGCGCCUUCACCCGCGCCCACGCAGGUCACACAGACCUCAGGACAGGCCCCCACACCCGGCGGCUCAGAAAAAGAUGACAAAGAAGAGAUCAAAGAGGAGAAAUCGGAAAAAGAUGUCAAAGAAAAAGAAGAACCGAUGGACACAAGUGACAUCAAAGAAGAAAAUGGUGAUGAGAAAGAAUCUUCUAAGGAUAAAUCAUCAGAAGAUAGUAAGGACGGUGAGAGACGUAUGUCUGUUGACGAAGAACCCAAGGAUGACGAGAAAUCUAAUGACAAGAAAGAGGACAAGGAAUCCGUUAAAGUUAAGGAUGAGAAAGAGGAUGUAGAUAAGAAAGAGGACGCUAAGAGUGAUAAGGCGGAGUCUGAAGCUUCUGAGAAACCUAAGGACGAAAAGAAGGAUGACGAUGACGACGACGUGGUACUAGUGAAAGAGGAAGAAGAUCUCAAAGUGGAGCGUCGCAAGUUCAUGUUCAACAUCGCGGACGGUGGUUUCACAGAGCUACAUACUUUGUGGCUUAACGAGGAACGAGCGGCUGCCCCGGGCCGGGAGUAUGAAAUCUGGCACCGCAGACAUGACUACUGGCUGUUAGCUGGUAUUGUGACGCACGGGUACGGGCGCUGGCAAGACAUACAGAAUGACCUGCGUUUUGCGAUCAUCAACGAGCCCUUCAAGAUGGAUGUGGGCAAAGGAAACUUCUUGGAAAUUAAGAAUAAAUUCCUGGCGAGGCGUUUUAAGCUGCUAGAACAAGCGCUAGUAAUAGAAGAGCAGCUGCGUCGUGCGGCGUACCUGAACCUGACGCAGGACCCCAACCACCCCGCCAUGUCGCUCAACGCUCGCUUCGCCGAGGUGGAGUGUCUGGCCGAGUCCCACCAGCACCUCAGCAAGGAGUCACUCGCCGGCAACAAGCCUGCCAACGCUGUGCUGCAUAAGGUGUUGAACCAGCUGGAGGAGCUGCUGUCGGACAUGAAGUCGGACGUGUCGCGGCUGCCGGCGACGCUGGCGCGGAUCCCGCCGGUGGCGCAGCGCCUGCAGAUGUCCGAACGCUCCAUCCUCUCGCGCCUCGCCGCCACCGCCGGCAACCCCGUGCCAGCAGCUCAAAUGGCCCAGUUCCCCGCGGGCUUCCAGUCUGGCGGGUCGCUGCCAGGCUUCUCGCCGGCUGCUGCGGCGGCGGCUAACUUCUCCAACUUCCGCCCGCAGUACUCCGUGCCCGGACAGCCCGCUUCCAGUGGAUCCUCUAAUAAAUCAUAAGCUCCGUAACUUAUACAACAUAUUUCAACUUGACAAAUUUGCAGUGCGCGGCUAAUUGGUCACAUAGAUGAAUAUUUUAGAUGUAAGCUUUCCAAGAUUCCUGUUCCACCUUGGGUUUGAAGUGAUAAUUAUAGCGUAUUAGUGCAGUUAUGUUAGGUAACAUAUACAAAUACUACGUCAUUUUGAUGCAGAACUCACAAUAUUAUUUAUUUCAUCCUGAUCUGUAUGAAUCUUGUUUUAAUUGUGUAAGUGAUUGUGGACUAUUAAGAAACCUAUUUUUAAUUUACCAAAAAUGAAAAUUGAAUAAAUCGUAUCUAUUAAGUGA